GUCACCACCCCUGAGUUCAAGGCGAAUCUUGCUAAACAGGCAGUCGUCAUGAAAACCGCUGAAGAAGCAGAGGACGAGGAUUUUGAUAUGGAAGGAACCACUGGAAAACAGAGAACGGUUGGAGAUAUACUAGGAGACGAGGAAGAACGUAUGAUACAGGCUCCUCCAAAGGAUGCGCGGCUUGCUGAUAUAGAGCAAGCGUUCAUAUCAGAACAUCAAAAAAAGCUGCCACAUGUAGGAGAAAGCAAAGUAGUAGAAGAUACUCUGGACAAGGGUCAGAAAGCAACCAAGGAUAGUGUGCCAAAUCAGCAAGCCUCCCGCGCGAGCUCAGCUUCACCCCAAUCCACCCCAGAACGUAGGGCAGCAACACUAGAAGAAACUUCUGAAAAAGGUGAAAAAGCUAAGAGAACCGUUGCUAUGCAAGAUGAUUCGGGGGCGGCUGUGAGCAGCGAGUUAGACAGUUUUGUUGAACGUAGAGCGGACACUAAAAAGUCUCCCGACACGCAAAAGGCUCCUUCGAUGACUACGGUCCAGAAAGCUAACCUUGAAAAGAAAAGCAAAGAACAACUCAAAAAGGCUGAAAGCAGGUUGCAAGAGAAGAAGAGAACAGAAAUAGAUGAACCUUUAAAAAAAGGCUCAAGUAAGGAGGAGACCGAAAGCGAGUCAAGUAAGCAGCCGAAAGAAAAGAAAGGAACAAAAGCUGACAAGCCAGAGAAACGCGGCUCCAAAGAAAAGCAAAAGGAAAAGCACACAAAUAAAAAGACUGGAAAGUCUUAG